AAUGGGAUUUUAUAAUUAUUAGUGUUUUAAGCUUUCUGGGAAAAGUAUUCUCCAUAAGAACACAUACCUUUGUUAUUUGAGUUUUAUAUAUUUAGCUUUCAUACAUUUCAAACAUUGCAGAGGAUUCCCUAUACUGAUUUAGGGCAAAGGAAAGCAAUAGGACCUUCCUCAGUGGGUUCCAUGCUGAGGAAUCAAGACUGCCAUUUUGAAGUGAAGCAGAUUAGUCUUUUAAGGAGAGAUAGAUCAAGGAAAAGAGACAGUGGAUCUUUCUACCUUGUUUUAAGUCAUCAGUUUUCUUCCAGUUUAGGUAAAAUUUAUGUCAUCCAUUAAUUGGUUUUAAGUUCAGCUUCAGGACAGAUAAUUUGUGAGUGUAAAUUACUGUCAGGUCCUGCCAACAUAGUGACUGUCACUAUUUGUUAUGAAGCUCAAGGUCAGUUUUCAUUGACUAUUUUAUAGACGUAGACAGAUGGAGGCAGAAAUAGAUAACUAAAAUCUAUUUUUAGAACAGAGGCCAUAUUUUAGUUAUAUCAAGAAUCAUUUCUUAAUAUAUGGACCACUGACCUUUCUCCAGAUUAUGUCUUUUGUUUGAGGGGGAAGCUGGAUAUAAACUGGCAGUUAUAAAAAUUGUAAAGAAAUCAACUUGCCCAUUUUCAUUGUGUGUUUUUGGUCUCAAGCAUUUUCCAUGAACUGUGUGUGGAUUGGUUGCCUACAUCAGAUGACGAAGACAUGAGCGUUGCUACUAAGUGUGUCCCCAAGGAUGUGUCACAGCCUUUACCUGGACCUUCCCAUGAAAAAGGCAACGGAAUAGUCAAUGGAAAAGGGGAAGGGUCUUUUGCACAACAUCCUUCCUUGAAGGCUAGCACUAAAAUUGAAGAUCCUGCUGUGAAAGGGGCAGUACAAAGAAAGAAAGUACAGACCUUGAGAGAAGGUACAUUUUCAAUACAAAUGGAAUGCUAGGAAUAAGUGCAUUAAAUGAUGGAAGUGCUCACAUUUUUCUUACCGCUUACUCUAUUUGUUCAAAAUUGAAUGGAAGGCAUUGACAUAAAUAUUAUUGUUGGUAUUCAUAUUUGAAUAAAAAUAAAUUUAGAAGCCAUAAAAAUAUUUUUAAAAUGUAGCUUGAACUCAGAUGUUUCUCUUUUAAUAUUUUGAAUAAAGUUUUCAAUGUGAAAUUUUUGUACUUGUCAGGGAUUCAAAACAGUGAAUUUU